AUGCUGCUUCCUGCCCUUCUCUUUGGGAUGCUAUGGGCUCUGGCUAAUGGGCAUUGGUGUGAGCAGACAGAGACUGUCCAUGUGGAAGAGGAAGUAACUCCUCGUCAGGAGGACCUGGUACCCUGCACCAGUUUGUACCAUUAUAGCCGCCUAGGCUGGCAGCUGGACCUGUCCUGGAGUGGCCAUGUGGGGCUCAGCAGGUCCCCAGCACUUGGGCUCUGUGCAAUCUACAAACCCCCCAAAACCAGGCCUGCUACUUGGAACCGGACAGUGAGGGCUUGUUGUCCAGGAUGGGGAGGUACUCACUGUACCGAUGUCCUUGCUGAAGCCAACCCUAAAGGUCAUUGCUUUGUCACAUGGCAUUGCCAGCCUCUAGCAGGCUCAGCUAAUUCUUCAGCAGGAAGCCUGGAGGAAUGCUGUGCCCAGCCCUGGGGACACAGCUGGUGGAACAGCAGCUCCCAGAUGUGCCUCAGCUGUUCUGGUCAGCACCACCCAGGCAAUGCUUCCUCUGAAGACCUCCUGCAGCCUCUGGCAGGGGCUAUAGGCCAGCUCUGGAGCCAGCGCCAGCGUCCCUCAGCCACUUGUACCACCUGGUCUGGCUUCCACUACAAAACCUUUGAUGGACAUCACUAUCACUUCCUGGGCCAAUGUACCUACUUGCUAGCUGGUGCUAUGGAUUCCACCUGGACUGUCCACCUCAGGCCUAGUGUCUACUGUCCCCAGCCUAGGCACUGCUGGCUGGUUCAAGUGAUGAUGGGUCCUGAGGAGGUAUUGAUCCGAGAUGGAGAGGUCUCUGUGAAGGGCCAGCCAGUGCCUGUUGGGGAGCCUCGGCUGCUCCAUGGGAUGAGCCUGCAGUGGCAGGGAGAUUGGCUGGUGCUCUCUGGGGGCCUGGGGGUUGUUGUAAGACUGGACAGGUCCAGUUCCAUCUCUAUCUCCGUGGACCAUGAGUUCUGGGGACAGACACAGGGCCUCUGUGGACUUUACAAUGGCAGGCCAGAGGAUGACUUUGUGGAGCCUGGAGGGGGAUUGGCUAUGCUAGCUGCUACCUUUGGGAAUUCAUGGAAACUCCCUAGCUCUGAGCCUGGGUGUCUGGAUGCAGUAGAGGUAGCCCGGGGCUGUGAGGGCCUCCUAGAAGGUACAUUCACUGGCUUGGAAGCUGCUAAGCUUCAAGCGCAAGCCCAGGACAUGUGCCACCAACUGCUGGAGGAUCCAUUCUGGCAAUGCCAUGGACAGGUUGUCCCAGAUGCAUACCAUGAAACCUGCCUCUUUGCCUACUGUGUUGGAGCCACAGCAGGCAGUGGCCCAGAGGGGCAGGUAGAGGCUGUGUGUGCCACCUUUGCCAACUAUGCCCAGGCCUGUGCCAGGCAGCACAUCUAUGUGCAGUGGAGGAAGCCUGGCUUCUGUGAACGUUUGUGUCCAGGGGGGCAGCUCUACUCUGACUGUGUCUCAUCCUGCCCACCCAGCUGUUCCACAGUAGCCCAGGGCGAGGAGGGGUCUUGUGGGAAAGAGUGUGUAAGUGGCUGUGAGUGUCCAACCGGCCUCUUCUGGGAUGGUGCCCACUGUGUGCCUGCUGCCCACUGCCCCUGCUACCACCGGCGCCAGCGUUACGCCCCUGGUGACACUGUCAAGCAGCAGUGCAACUCUUGUGUGUGCCAGAAUGGCCGCUGGCACUGUGCUCAGGACCUGUGCCCUGCUGAGUGUGCAGUGGGUGGUGACGGGCAUUACUUCACCUUUGAUGGGCGGAGCUUCUCCUUCAGGGGCAAUCCCGGCUGCCACUACAGCCUAGUGCAGGACUCUGUGAAAGGCCAGCUGCUGGUCGUGUUGGAACAUGGGGCCUGUGACACUGGGAGCUGCCUGCAUGCCCUCUCUGUCUUCCUGGAGAACACCCACAUUCAGCUCAGAUACUCAGGAGCGGUGCUGGUAGAUGGCCAGGAUGUAGACUUGCCUUGGAUUGGUGCCGAGGGCUUCAAUGUUUCCCGUGCCUCUUCUACGUUCUUGCUGUUGCGCUGGCCUGGGGCCUGGGUUCUCUGGGGAGUGGCUGACCCUGCAACAUACAUCACCCUGGACCCUCGUCAUGCCUACCAGGUGCAGGGUCUGUGUGGCACUUUUACCUGGAAGCAACAGGAUGACUUUCUGACACCGGCUGGAGACAUAGAGACUAGUGUUGCGGCCUUUGCUAGCAAGUUCCAAGUGUCAGGUGAUGGAAGGUGCCCCUUGGUGGACCACACCCCACUGUCCUCCUGCAGUACUUACUCUCAACGUCUCACUUUCGCAGAGACAGCCUGUGCCAUCCUGCAUGGCCAUGCCUUUCAGGAGUGUCAUGGGCUAGUAGACAAGGAACCAUUUCGAUUGCGAUGCUUGGAGGCCGUGUGUAGCUGUGACCCUGGCAGGGACUGCCUGUGCUCUGUGCUCUCUGCCUAUGCACGCCACUGUGCCCAGGAGGGAGUCCUGCUGCAAUGGAGGAAUGAGACCCUGUGCCCUGUCUCGUGUCCUGGUGGCCAGGUGUACCAGGAGUGUGCCCCAGUGUGUGGUCACCAUUGUGGGGAGCCAGAGGAUUGUAAAGAGCUUGGCAGCUGUGUGGCUGGUUGUAAUUGUCCCCCAGGACUACUGUGGGACCUGGAGGGCCAGUGUGUGCCUCCCAGCAUGUGCCACUGUCAACUUGGAGGCCAUCGUUAUGCCUUUAACACCACCACUACUGUGAACGACUGCAGACACUGCAUCUGUCAGGAGAGGGGUCUCUGGAACUGCACAGCCCACCACUGCCCCCGACAGUGGGCACUUUGCCCCAAGGAGCUCAUCUAUGUCCCUGGUGCCUGCCUUCUCACCUGUGACAGCCCCAGUGCCAACCAUUCCUGUCUGGCUAGGAGCACUGAUGGCUGUGUCUGUCCCCCUGGCACUGUAUUGCUGGACAAGCACUGUGUGUCUCCUGAUCAAUGUCCCUGUCGUCACAACGGGCAAUGGUACCCACCCAAUGCCACCAUCCAGGAAGACUGCAACAUUUGUGUAUGCCAGGGCCAGCGCUGGCACUGCACAGGUCAGCGGUGCAGUGGGUGGUGCCAGGCAUCAGGUGCCCCCCACUAUGUGACAUUCGAUGGGCUGGUCUAUACCUUCCUUGGGGCCUGCGAGUACCUGCUGGCGAGAGAGGCUGGUGGCCGCUUCAGUGUCUCCAUCCAGAACUUGCCUUGUGGUGCCAGUGGCCUCACAUGUACCAAGGCAUUGGCUGUGCGUCUGGACAGCACUGUUGUGCACAUGCUUAGAGGCCAGGCAGUGACAGUGAAUGGAGCAAGCAUAAAGCUCCCUAAAGUCUACACAGGCCCUGGCCUGAGCCUGCACCACGCUGGCCUCUUUCUGCUGUUGACAACACGCCUGGGUCUCACUCUGCUCUGGGAUGGAGGCACCCGGGUUCUGGUACAACUGUCUCCCCACUUCCAUGGUCGUGUGGCUGGGCUGUGUGGAAACUUUGAUGGUGAUGCCAGUAAUGACCUGCGGAGCCGCCAAGGAGUCCUGGAGCCUACAGCAGAGCUGACUGCCCAUUCCUGGCGCCUCAAUCCCCUGUGCCCUGAGCCAGAAGACCUGCCACAUCCUUGUACAGUGAAUGCCCAUCGGGCAAACUGGGCCCGGGCACGCUGUGAGGUGAUAUUGCAGCCAAUCUUUGCCCCAUGCCACACAGAGGUGCCCCCGCAGCAGUACUAUGAGUGGUGUGUGCACGAUGCUUGUGGCUGUGACACAGGGGGUGACUGUGAGUGCCUCUGCUCAGCCAUUGCCACAUAUGCUGAUGAGUGUGCCCGGCACAGACACCAUGUGCGUUGGCGCAGCCAGGAACUCUGCCCCCUACAGUGUGAAGGAGGGCAGGUGUAUGAACCCUGUGGCUCUACAUGUCCACCCACUUGCCAUGACCGUCAUCCUGAACUCAGAUGGCAGUGCCAGGCCAUCACUUGUGUGGAGGGCUGCUUCUGCCCAGAGGGGACACUGCUGCAUGGAGGAGUCUGUGUGGAGCUGGCUGCCUGUCCCUGUGAGUGGCAGGGCAGUUUCUUCCCACCAGGGACUGUGCUGCAAAAGGACUGUGGAAACUGCACGUGUCAGGAGAGCCAGUGGCAUUGUGACCGUGGCGGUGCCCUGUGUGAGGAGGUGGAACCUGGCUGUGCAGAGGGAGAGGCUCUGUGCAGAGAGAAUGGGCACUGCGUGCCACUUGAAUGGCUUUGUGACAACCAGGACGACUGUGGUGACGGCUCAGAUGAGGAGGGGUGUGCCACCUCAGUCUGCGGGGAGGGACAGAUGUCUUGCCAGUCUGGCCUCUGCCUGCCCCUGUCCCUGACCUGUGAUGGGCAGGAUGACUGUGGAGAUGGCACAGAUGAGCAAGGGUGCCUGUGUCCCCAUGGUUCCUUAACCUGUGCUGAUGGUCGCUGCCUGCCACCUGCCCUGCUGUGUGAUGGUCAUCCUGACUGUCUGGAUGCUGCAGAUGAAGAAUCCUGUCUGGGGCCGGUGAGCUGCAUCUCUGGAGAGGUAUCUUGUGUUGAUGGCACUUGCAUUAGGACCAUCCAGCUGUGUGAUGGAGUUUGGGACUGCCCAGAUGGAGCUGAUGAGGGGCCUAGCCACUGCUCUCUGCCUUCUCUGCCUACUCCCCCUGCGGGCAUUGGGCAGAACUCUUCCACCAACUCCCUGGAUACAUCACCAAGUCCUAUGGAUAGUACCAGCCCUGCGUCCCCCUGCAGCCUCUCUGAGUUCCAGUGCAACAGUGGAGAAUGCACCCCCCGGGGCUGGCGCUGUGACCAGGAGGAAGACUGCACAGAUGGCAGUGAUGAGCUUGGUUGUGGUGGGCCCUGCAUGCUGUACCAAAUGCCCUGUGCCCAUAGCUCACACUGCGUGUCCCCAGGACAGCUAUGUGACGGAGUGACACAGUGCCCCGAUGGUUCAGAUGAGGACCCCGAUGUUUGCGAGGAGCAGUCAGCCUCAGGAGGCCCCAACAGGACAGGGGUUCCUUGUCCAGAAUUCUCCUGCCCAAAUGGCACUUGCAUUGAUUUUCUGCUGGUUUGUGACGGGAACCCAGACUGUGAAUUGACAGAUGAAACAGAGCCCUCCUUGGACGAGCAGGGUUGUGGGGCCUGGGGCUCCUGGGGUCCGUGGGAGCCAUGCAGUCAGACCUGUGGGCCUGGCAUACAGAGUCGGAACCGAAACUGCUCCACGCCCAGUCUCCAGGUGCUACAGAACUGUCCAGGCCUACAGCACCAGUCACAGGCCUGCUUCAUGGAAGCCUGCCCAGUGGAUGGUGAAUGGAGCUCCUGGUCUCCCUGGUCUCCAUGUUCUGAAUCUUGUGGGGGCACCAUGACACGGCAUCGGCAGUGCCGGCCACCCCAGAAUGGGGGCCAGGACUGUGCCCUGUUGCCUGGAAACACUCGUAGCACCCACCAGACCAACCCCUGCCCUCAAGAGGGCUGCCCCAAUGCUACUUGCUUUGGGGAGUUGGUAUUCCGGCCUUGUGCCCCCUGCCCUCUGACUUGUGAAGAUAUUUCUGGUCAGGCUGUGUGCUCUCCUGGCAGGCCCUGCAGCAGCCCAGGUUGCUGGUGCCCAGAAGGGAAGGUGCUGGGCACUGAGGGGCGGUGUGUGAGGCCCAGGCAGUGUCCCUGCUUGGUGGAUGGUGCCCGCUACUGGCCUGGACAACGCAUCAAGAUGGACUGCCAGCUCUGCUUCUGCCAGGAUGGGCAGCCUCAUCGCUGCCGGCCCAAUCCAGAAUGUGCCGUGGAUUGUGGCUGGUCUUCCUGGUCCCCUUGGGCAGAGUGCCUGGGCCCCUGCAGCAGCCAGAGCCUCCAGUGGUCUUUCCGGAGCCCUAACAACCCACCCUUCUCAGGGCACGGUCGCCAGUGCCGUGGCAUCCACCGCAAAGCCCGCAGGUGCCAGACAGAGCCUUGUGAGGGCUGUGAACAGUGGGGCCUCACGUAUCGUGUCGGGGAACGCUGGCGCGGGGGCCCCUGCAUGGUGUGUGAGUGUGUGCACAGGAGUAUCACACGCUGCUCCCCCUAUUGCCCAAUAGGCAGCUGUCCCCAGGGCUGGGUCCUGGUGGAGGGAAUGGGAGACUCGUGUUGCCACUGUGCACUGCCUGGAAAGAACCAGACAGUGAUCCCCAGAACCACUCCUGCCCCCGCCCCCGCCCCCAGCCCUCAGAUUGGAGCCUCUCUGGUCACCUAUGUUCUGCCUCCCAUGGCGGAUGCCUGUUAUUCUCCCCUGGGCCUGGCUGGACUGCCCAUGUGGACACCAUCCCAGUACCUGGAACAUAGCACCAGGGCUGCCCCCAUGGGAGCUCCCACAACAGGGCCUGGCCCCAGAGAGGACGCUUAUGCGGAGUGGAACACCCAGCCACUCUAUCUGCAGCUGGACCUGCUUCGUCCUCGGAACCUAACUGGCAUCAUCGUGCAGAGGACCGGCUCCUCUGCUGCUUAUGUCUCCAGCUUGUCGCUCCAGUUCAGCAGUGACGGUCUACAGUGGUACAACCAUCUCAACUCUCUGUCUGGUACUCUGCCUCCACCCAAGCCUUCCCCGGAGAGCUUGAACCACAUGGCCCCUGAGAUACGGACAUUCGACCAGAUGGUACAGGCAAGGUACAUCAGGGUGUGGCCGCAUGGUAGCCACCUCAGAGACAACAACCCGCAGGAUAUCUUCCUGUGGGUGGAGCUACUGGGCUUGUCCCCAUUGGCACCCCUAUGUCCAGGGACCAGGCACCGCUGUGCCAGUGGUGACUGUGCCCCAAAGGGUGGGCCAUGUGAUGGUUCUGUGGACUGUGAGGAUGGCUCUGAUGAGGAGGGCUGUGGGCCCCUUCGUGCAAGCACUACCAGCAGAAUCCACCCCACGGCCAGGACCCCAGCCCUCUCCUCUGCUCAGCCUGGAAAGACUUCGUUCCAGCCCAUGGAGGGUCUGGCAGACAUGGAACACCAGCAGCCCAAGCAGGGAUCAUCCGUGCCUAGUGCAGGUGUGUCAGGUCUCAUCCACGCUUCUGAGGGCCCUCUGCCUGUUUCAGGGCACUCCAUGCAGACUCUGACCUCCACCUCUACCUUCCCUCCUGGUGCCAAGAGUCUACACCCUGGAAUGGCAGCUGCGACGGUGCAUCCCCCACACUCAGUCACGCCAGGAACUCCUGUUGGUCAAAGUGUCAGCCCCAGGCCCUUCCCACCCGUGCAGUGUGGCCCUGGGCAGGUGCCCUGUGAUGUGUUGGGCUGUGUGGAGCAGGAGCAGCUGUGUGACGGGAGGGAGGACUGUCUUGACGGCUCCGAUGAGCAGCACUGUGCAGGUACUGAGCCCUUCACUGUGCCGACUACUGCCCUCCCUGGGUUGCCAGCCUCAAGGGCCCUGUGCUCCCCACGCCAGCUGAGAUGUGGGAGUGGCGAGUGUCUACCCCUUGAGCGUCGCUGUGAUCUUCAGGUGAACUGCCAGGAUGGCUCUGACGAGGACGACUGCGUAGACUGUGUGUUGGCACCUUGGUCUGGCUGGAGUGACUGCAGUCGCAGCUGUGGCCUGGGCCUCAUCUUCCAGCACCGAGAGCUGUUGAGACCUCCCCUGCCUGGAGGCAGCUGUCUGUUGGACCAGUUCCGUAGCCAGUCCUGCUUUGUGCAAGCCUGCCCAGUGGCUGGGGCAUGGGCAGAGUGGGGGCCCUGGGAGCCCUGCAGUGUCUCCUGUGGAGGUGGCCACCAGAGUCGCCAGAGGAGCUGUGUGGACCCUCCUCCCAAGAAUGGUGGUGCCCCAUGCCCUGGGCCUUCCCAUGAGAAGGCACCCUGCAACUUGCAGGUCUGCCCAGGUGACACAGACUGUGAGGCAGGCCGUGUACAUGUGAAUGCUGAGUUGUGCCAGAAGGGACUAGUACCCCCAUGUCCACCCUCCUGCCUGGACCCCGAAGCCAACGGAAGCUGCAGUGGGCGCUGCAUGGAAGGAUGCCGCUGCCCUCCUGGGCUCUUCCUCCAGGACUCUCACUGUCUGCCCCUCUCUGAAUGCCCUUGCCUGGUGGGCCAAAAGCUGAUGCAGCCCAGGCUGCCCUUCCUGUUGGACAACUGCAGCCAAUGCACAUGUGAGAAGGGGACACUGCUGUGUAAGCCAGGGGCCUGUUCCCAGUCCUGUGGCUGGUCUGCCUGGUCCCCCUGGACUGCUUGUGAUCGCUCUUGUGGCUCUGGAGUGAGGGCCAGGUUCAGGUCCCCCACCAACCCUUCUGCGGCAUUUGGAGGCUCCCCAUGUGAAGGUGACAAGCAGGAACUGCAGGCCUGCUACACAGACUGUGGGACAGAGAUACCAGGCUGGACACCCUGGACAUCCUGGUCCUCCUGCUCCCAGAGCUGCCUUGUCCCUGGGGGGAACCCUGGCUGGCGGCAGCGUUCUCGACUGUGCCCCAGCUCCAGGGACACAAUCUGUCCUGGAGAGGCCACCCAGGAGGAACCCUGCAGCCCCCCUGUGUGCCCAGUGCCGAGUGCCUGGGGCUUAUGGGCUUCCUGGUCCACUUGCUCAGCCUCCUGCAAUGGUGGUAUCCAGACUCGUGGGCGCAGCUGCUCUGGUUCUGCUCCUGGGAACCCUGUGUGCCUAGGACCCCACACUCAGACCAGAGACUGCAACAUGCAUCCGUGCACAGCCCAGUGCCCAGAGAACAUGGUAUUCCGCUCAGCAGAGCAGUGUCUCGAGGAAGGGGGUCCGUGCCCUCAGCUGUGCCUGGCGCAGGACCCUGGGGUGGAGUGCACUGCCUCCUGUGCUCCUAGCUGCAACUGUCCACCUGGCCUCUUCCUGCAUAAUGCUAGCUGCCUGCCCCUCAGCCAGUGCCCCUGCCAGCUGCACGGGCAGCUCUAUGCACCGGGAGCAGUGGCUCACCUAGACUGCAACAACUGCACUUGCAUCUCUGGAGAAAUGGUGUGCACCUCAGAGCGCUGUCCAGUGGCCUGUGGCUGGAGCCCCUGGACUCCAUGGAGCCCUUGCAGCCAAAGCUGUAAUGUGGGCAUUCGACGGCGCUUCAGAGCAGGCACUGCACCGCCAGCUGCCUUUGGGGGUGCUGAGUGCCAAGGUCCCAACCUAGACGCUGAAUUCUGCAGUUUGAGGCCAUGCCGAGGCCCUGGUGCAGUGUGGAGUUCCUGGACUCCAUGCUCAGUGCCCUGUGGUGGUGGCUACCGAAACCGCACUCAAGGAAGUGGCCCGCACAGCCCUAUUGAGUUCUCUACCUGCAGCCUGCAGCCCUGUGCAGGACCAGUGCCAGGUGUGUGUCCCGAGGACCAGCAAUGGCUGGACUGUGCCCAAGGUCCAGCCUCCUGUGCUCAUCUCAGCACCCCUAGAGAGGCUAAUCAGACCUGCCACCCCGGCUGCUACUGCCUCUCUGGGAUGCUCCUGCUCAACAAUGUAUGCGUGCCUGCCCAGGACUGCCCCUGUGCCCACAGGGGGCGCCUUUAUUCCCCAGGCAGUGCUGUGAUUCUUCCAUGUGAGAAUUGCUCCUGCAUCUCUGGGCUCAUCACCAACUGCAGCUCCUGGCCUUGUGAGGAAGGCCAACCUGCAUGGUCAUCCUGGACUCCAUGGAGUGCGUGUUCAGCCUCCUGCAGCCCUGCCCGACGCCACCGGCGCCGCUUCUGUGCUAGCCCACCCAACAGGGAACCCUUCAGCUUGGUUCUGCUGCCCACAGUGACUGCCCCCGCAACCCUUUGCCCAGGCCCUGAGGCUGAGGAAGAGCCAUGUCUCCUCCCAGGAUGCAAUCAAGCAGGGGGCUGGAGUCCUUGGAGCCCCUGGUCUGGCUGUAGUCGGAGCUGUGGAGGAGGUCUGCGGAGCCGGACCCGAGCCUGUGACCAGCCACCACCCCAGGGCCUGGGGGAUUUCUGUGAGGGACCUCAGGCCCAGGGGGAGGCCUGCCAGGCUCAACCAUGCCCAGUGACCAACUGCAGUGCCAUUGAAGGGGCAGAAUACAGCCCCUGUGGCCCUCCUUGUCCUCGCUCCUGUGAUGACCUUGUGCACUGUGUGUGGCACUGCCAGCCAGGUUGCUACUGUCCCCUGGGCAAGGUACUGAGUGCCGAUGGGGCGAUCUGCAUGCAUCCCAGUCACUGCAGCUGCCUGGACCUGCUGACCGGGAAGCGUCACCAUCCAGGCACUCAGCUGAUGAGGCCUGAUGGCUGUAACCACUGCACCUGCAGGGAGGGGAGGCUUAACUGCACAGACCUGCCCUGCCAAGUGUCUGGAGACUGGUGUUCGUGGUCAGAGUGGACAGCGUGCUCCCAGCCCUGCAGGGGCCAAACAAGGACCCGCUCCAGGGCCUGUGUCUGUCCCGCUCCCCAGCAUGGAGGUGCUCCGUGCCCUGAGCAGGAAACAGGAGUGCAGCAUCAAAUGGAGGCCUGCCCUAACCCCACCGCAUGCCCAGUGGAUGGAGCCUGGAGCCCUUGGGGGCCAUGGUCUCCCUGUGAUGCAUGCCUCGGGCAGUCCUAUCGGAGCCGGGAGUGCAGCCAUCCUCCCACCUCUGAUGGAGGCAUGCCUUGUCUUGGGGGCCAUCAGCAGAGUCGCCCUUGUCGGAACAGCUCCACCCUGUGUACAGACUGUGGAGGGGGCCAGGAUCUCUUUCCCUGUGGACAACCAUGUCCUCAUUCCUGCCAGGACCUGUCCCUUGGCAGUACAUGCCAGCCAGGCUCGGAGGGCUGCCAGUCUGGCUGUGGGUGUCCCCCAGGCCAGCUCUCCCAGGAUGGGCUCUGUGUGUUCCCAGCUGACUGCCACUGCCACUUCCAGCCUAGAGCCAUGGGAAUCCCUGAGAACCAGAGCCGGUCAGUAGGGUCCACACUCAGCUCCUGGGAGAGUCUAGAACCUGGAGAGGUGGUGACUGGGCCCUGUGACAACUGCACCUGUGUGGCAGGUGUUCUGCAGUGCCAUGAGGUACCCAGCUGCCCUGGUCCUGGGAUAUGGAGCUCCUGGGGACCCUGGGAGAAAUGCAGUGUUUCCUGUGGGGGAGGGGAGCAGCUACGGUCCAGGCAAUGUGCCCGACCCCCCUGCCCUGGACUGGCUCAGCAGAGCCGAAUUUGCCACAUCCAUGUCUGCAGAGGCUGCCCAGAGGGCCGACUAUACCGGGAAUGCCAACCCAGCGAGGGCUGCCCCUUCUCCUGCGCUCAUGUCACUGGACAGGUGGCCUGUUUCUCUGAGAGCUGUGAGGAGGGGUGUCACUGUCCAGAGGGCACCUUUCAGCAUCACUUGGCCUGUGUCCAGGAGUGCCCCUGUGUGUUGACAGUCUUGCUGCUGCAGGAGCUGGGGUUGGCUACCACUGCCCUCAGAUCCUAUCCAACCCUUCUGGGAGAUGAGGGCGAGCCCCUUGGACCUGGAGAUGAGCUUCACUCAGGCCAGAUGCUUCACACAGCCUGUGGAAACUGCUCCUGCGUUCAUGGGAAGCUGUCUUGCUCUAUGAAGGAAUGCUCCAGAGUCCAUGGCGACUUUGGUCCCUGGGGCAUGUGGAGCCUUUGUUCCCGCUCCUGUGGUGGGCUGGGUACCCGCACCCGAACCCGCCAAUGUGUGCAUCCCACACUUGUGCUCGGUGGACUGAGCUGCCGCGGGCCCCUUCAGGACCUGGAAUACUGCUUCAGCCCAGAAUGUCCUGGGACUGCAGUGUCCACAGUGGAGCCCGUGACAGGCCUUGCAGGUGGCUGGGGCCCAUGGUCUCCAUGGUCUCCCUGUUCCCACAGUUGCACAGACCCUGCUCACCCGGCAUGGCGUAGCCGCACACGCCUCUGUUUGGCUAACUGUACAGUAGGGGACUCCUCACAGGAGCGUCCGUGUAACCUGCCCUCAUGUACAGCACUGCCUCUGUGCCCUGGUCCUGGCUGUGGGUCAGGGAACUGUUUCUGGACAUCCUGGGCUCCAUGGGAGCCUUGCUCCCGCAGCUGUGGGGUGGGCCAGCAGCGUCGGCUACGAGCAUAUCACCCUCCUGGUCCUGGUGGACACUGGUGCCCUGACAUCCUGACCGCGUACCAGGAGCGUCGUUUCUGUAAUCUUCGUGCUUGUCCAGUGCCUGGGGGCUGGUCCCACUGGAGUCCCUGGUCCUGGUGUGAUCGCAGCUGUGGAGGAGGUCGAUCCUUGAGGAGCAGAAGCUGCUCAAGCCCACCACCCAAGAAUGGGGGAGCAUCCUGUGUUGGGGAGAGGCUCCAUGUCCGGUCCUGCAAUCCCAUGCCUUGUGAGGAAGGCUGCCCAGUGGGCAUGGAGAUGGUGAGCUGUGCCAACCAUUGCCCCUACAGCUGCUCAGACCUGCAGGAGGGAGGCAUGUGUCAGGAGAACCAGGCCUGUCAGUUUGGCUGUCGCUGCUCUGAAGGGUUUCUGGAGCAGGAUGGAGUCUGUGUGCCAGUUGGGCACUGUGAAUGCACGGAUGCCCAGGGCCGCAGCUGGGCUCCAGGGAGCCAGCAUCAGGAUGCCUGCAACAACUGUUCCUGUCAGGCGGGGCAACUCUCCUGCACUGACCAGCCCUGCCCACCUCCUGCCCACUGUGCCUGGAGCCACUGGUCUGCCUGGAGUUCUUGCAGUCACUCAUGUGGACCUCAAGGGCAACAGAGUCGCUUUAGGUCCUCCACCUCAGGCUCGUGGGCCCUGGAGUGUCAGAAGGAGCAGUCACAGAGUCAGCCUUGCCCUGAGGCCCCCUGCCCACCCUUGUGCCUACAUGAAGCCCACCUCCAUGUUCUGGGGGACAACUGGCUGCAUGGAGAAUGCCAGCAGUGCUCCUGCACCCCAGAGGGAGUGAUCUGCAAAGACACUGACUGUGCAGUGCCCGGAGGCUGGACCUUGUGGUCCUCCUGGUCCUCCUGCUCUGUCUCGUGUGGAGGGGGAAGCCAGGUCCGCACUCGAUCCUGUAUGGUGUCAGCCCCUCAGCAUGGGCACCUAUCUUGCCAGGGCCCAGACACCCAGACCCAACACUGUGGGCAGCAGCUGUGCCUGCAGCUGCUAGAGAUCUGCUCCUGGGGACCGUGGGGACCCUGUUCCCGCAGCUGUGGCACAGGUCUAGCCUCCCGCUCUGGAUCCUGCCCCUGUCUACUGACCGAAGAGGACUCUGAGUGUAAUGACACAUUCUCAGGCCUGGACACCCAGGCCUGCUACCUAGGGCCCUGCCAGGAGGACUGCAUGUGGAGUGACUGGAGCAGCUGGACACGCUGCUCCUGUAAGGUCCUGGUGCAGCAGCGUUACCGGCAUCAGGUGCCAUCACCCAGCCAGUCUGGAGAGGGCACCCCUUGCACCCGUCUGGAUGGCCACUUCCGACCUUGCGCCAUUGGCAACUGCUCAGAGGACAGCUGCCCACCUCCCUUUGAGUUCCAGUCUUGUGGCUCCCCUUGUGCUGGGCUCUGUGCCACACAUCUGAGCCAUCGGCUCUGUCAGGACCUGCCACCUUGCCAGCCUGGCUGCUACUGCCCCAAGGGCCUGCUAGAGCAGGCUGGAGGCUGUAUUCUCCCAGAGCAGUGUAACUGCUGGCAUACCUCAGGAGAGGGAGCUAGGGUGACCCUGGCCCCUGGGGACCGCCUGCAGCUGGGCUGCAAGGAAUGCGUGUGCCGGAGAGGAGAGCUGCAGUGUUCCAGCCAAGGCUGUGACGGUCUCCUGCCUCUGACUGGAUGGUCAGAGUGGUCACCUUGUGGGCCUUGCCUGCCCCAGAGUGCCCUAGCCCCUGCCUCCAGGACUGCCCUGGAGGGGCACUGGUCUCUGAACAUAUCAGGCCUCCCUCCACCCCCAGUCACUCUGCUGGCUUCAGAGCAGUACCGGCACCGCCUCUGCUUGGACCCUGAGACCGGGAGGCCCUGGGCAGGAGAUCCUGCCCUUUGCACUGUGCCUCUCAGCCAGCAACGCCUGUGCCCUGACCCUGGAGCCUGCAAUGACACGUGCCAAUGGGGACCUUGGGGACCUUGGAGCCCCUGCCAAGUGCCCUGCAGUGGAGGAUUCAAGUUGCGCUGGAGAGAUACAAGAGACACUUCUCGGGGAGAAUGCCGUGGACCCUGGGCUCAGACAGAAAGCUGCAAUAUGGGAUCUUGCCCAGGAGAGAGCUGUGAGACCAGGGACACUGUGUUUACCCUUGACUGUGCCAACCAGUGUCCUCGCAGCUGUGCUGACCUCUGGGAUGGUGUUCAGUGUCUACAGGGACCCUGCAGCCCAGGCUGCCGAUGUCCCCCUGGUCAGCUGGUGCAAGAUGGACACUGCGUGCCCAUCUCCUCUUGCCGCUGUGGCCUGCCCAGUGCCAAUGCCUCAUGGGAGGUGGCCCCCACACAGGUGGUCCAGCUGGACUGCCGUAAUUGCACAUGCGUCAAUGGGACCCUGAUGUGUCCACACCUUGAGUGUCCAGUCCUGGGACCUUGGUCAGGCUGGAGCGAGUGCUCAGCUGUCUGUGGUGGGGGCACCAUGAUGCGUCACAGGAGCUGUGAGGAGCAUCCUGAGGGGGUACCAUGCCAGGCUCUAGAUCUGCAGCAAUGGCAAGAGUGUAACCCUCAAGCCUGCCCUGAGUGCCCACCUGGGCAGGUGCUCAGUACCUGUGCCACUCUGUGCCCGAGCUCCUGCUCCCACUUGUGGCCUGGCACCAUCUGUGUGCGGGAACCUUGCCAGCUUGGCUGUGGCUGCCCUGGAGGACAGCUGCUACACAAUGGCACGUGCAUUCCUCCUGCGGCCUGUCCCUGCACCCAGUUUUCCCUACCCUGGGGCCUCACCCUACCCUUGGAAGAGCAGGCCAGGGAGCUGCUCUCAGGAACUGUGCUUACCUGGAACUGCACACACUGCACUUGUCAAGGUGGAGCCUUCAUCUGCUCCCGUAUGGACUGUCAGGAGUGCCCUCCUGGGGAAACAUGGCAGCAUGGGGAGCUGGGGCCUUGCGAGAAAACAUGCCCAGAAAUGAACAUGACACAGGCUUGGAGCAACUGCACUGAGGCACGGGUUCCAGGCUGCGUGUGUCAGCUGGGGCACUUCCGCAGCCAGACAGGUCUCUGUGUUCCUGAAGACCACUGUGAAUGUUGGCACCAUGGGAGUCCUCAUUUGCCUGGAUCUGAAUGGCAGGAGGCCUGUGAGAGCUGCCGCUGCCUCCAUGGGAAGAGCGUUUGUACUCGACACUGCCCAGAACUCAGCUGUGCUCAGGGUGAAGUGAUCAUGCAGGAGCCAGGGAGCUGUUGUCCCAUUUGUCAGCAGGACACUCUGGGUAUGGAGGAGGAGGAGCCAGUCUCCUGCAGGUACCUCACAGAACUCAGAAACCUCACCAAGGGUCCCUGCCACCUGGAUCAGGUAGAAGUAAGCUACUGCAGUGGACACUGCAGGUCCAGCACCAAUGUCAUGACUGAGGAGCCCUACCUGCAGAGCCAGUGUGACUGCUGUAGCUACAGACUGGAUCUGGACAACCCCGUGCGGAUCCUGAACCUCCUUUGCCCUGAUGGUCACACAGAGCCAGUGGUGUUGCCAAUGAUUCAUAGCUGCCAGUGCAGUGCCUGUCAGGGUGGUGAUUUCUCAAAGCACUGACAGGCUCUGCUGGACCCAGCCUUUAUUGUCUCCUUUGUGACCGUAGGGCUUGGUGGCACUCCCCACUUCCUUCCGUGUUCAGUUACCCGCCUCUGACCUGUGAACCAUGCUCUGGCAGGAGCACAU